AUGGAAUCUAGGAGAAGGGGAUGGAAUCUGGGAGAAGGGGAUGGAAUCUGGGAGAAGGGGAUGGAAUCAGGGAGAAGGGGAUGGAAUCUAGGAGAAGGGGAUGGAAUCUGCGAGAAGGGGAUGGAAUCUGGGAGAAGGGGAUGGAAUCUGGGAGAAGGAGAUGGAAUCUGGGAGAAGAGGGUGGAAUCAGACCCCCUCAUUCUCCCUCCUUCCAUCACCCCGCCCCAUUCUCCCGCUUUCCAUCACCUCGCCCCAUUCUCCCGCUUUCCAUCACCCAGCCCCAUUCUCCCACGUUCCAUCACCCCGCCCCAUUUUCCCGCUUUCUAUCACCCAGCCCCAUUCUCACGCUUUCCAUCACCCUGCCCCAAUCUCCCGCUUUCCAUCACCCCGCCCCAUUCUCCCUCCUUCCAUCACCCCGCCCCAUUUUCCCGCUUUCCAUCACCCCGCCCCAUUCUCCCGCUUUCCAUAACCCCGCCCCAUUCUCCCUCCUUCCAUCACCCGCCCCGUUCUCCCUCCUUCCAUCACCCCGCCCCUUUCUCCCUCCUUCCAUCACCCCGCCCUAUUCUCCCGCUCUCCAUCACCCCGCCCCAUUCUCCCGCUUUCCAUCACCCCGCCCCAUUCUCCCGCUUUCCAUCACCCCGCCCCAUUCUCCCGCUUUCCAUCACCCAGCCCCAUUCUCCCGCUUUCCAUCACCCCGCCCCAUUCUCCCGCUUUCCAUCACCCCGCCCCAUUCUCCCUCUUUCCAUCACCCCGCCCCAUUCUCCCGCAUUCCUUCACCCCGCCCCAUUUUCCCUCGUUCCAUCACCCCGCUCCAUUCUCCCGCUUUCCAUCACCCACCCCCAUUCUUCCUCUUUCCAUCACCCUGCCCCAUUCUCCCGCUUUCCAUCACCACGCCCCAUUCUCCCGCUUUCCACCACCCCGCCCCGUUCUCCCACUUUCCAUCACCCCGCCCCAUUCUCCCGCUUUCCAUCACCACGCCCCAUUCUCCCUCUUUCCAUCACCCCGCCCCGUUCUCCUGCUUUCCAUCACCCCGCCCCAUUCUCCCGCUUUCCAUCACCCCGCCCCAUUCUCCCGCUUUCCAUCACCCCGCCCCAUUCUCCCGCUUUCCAUCACCCCGCCCCAUUCUCCCUCUUUCCAUCACCCCGCUCCGUUCUCCCGCUUUCCAUCACCCUGCCCCAUUCUCCCGCUUUCCAUCACUCCGCCCCAUUCUCCCGCUUUCCAUCACCCCGCCCCAUUCUCCCUCUUUCCAUCACCCAGCCCCAUUCUCCCGAUAUCUGUCACCCCGCCCCAUUCUCCCUCUUUCCAUCACCCCGCCCCAUUCUCCCGAUUUCCGUCACCCCGCCCCAUUCUCCCUCUUUCCAUCACCCCGCCCCAUUCUCCCUCUUUCCAUCACCCCGCCCCAUUCUCCCUCUUUCCAUCACCCCGCCCCAUUCUCCUGAUUUCCGUCACCUCGCCCCAUUCUCCCUCUUUCCAUCACCCCGCCCCAUUCUCCCGAUUUCCGUCAUCCUGCCCCAUUCUCCCUCUUUCCAUCACCCCGCCCCGUUCUCCCUCUUUCCAUCACCCGGACCCAUUCUCCCGCUUUCCAUCACCCCGCCCCAUUCUCCCUCUUUCCAUCACCCCGCCCCAUUCUCCCGCUUUCCAUCACCCCGCCCCAUUCUCCCUCUUUCCAUCACCCCACCCCGUUCUCCCGCUUUCCAUCACCCCGCCCCAUUCUCCCGCUUUCCAUCACCCCGCCCCAUUCUCCCGCUUUCCAUCACCCCGCCCCAUUCUCCCGCUUUCCAUCACCCGCCCCAUUCUCCCGAAUUCCAUCACCCCGCCCCAUUCUCCCGCUUUCCAUCACCCAGCCCCAUUCUUCCGCUUUCCAUCACCCCGACCCAUUCUCCCACUUUCCAUCACCCCGCCCCAUUCUUCCGCUUUCCAUCACCCCGCCCCAUUCUCCCGAUUUCCAUCACCCCGCCCCAUUCUCCCGCUUUCCAUCACCCCGCCCCAUUCUCCCGCUUUCCAUCACCCCGCCCCAUUCUCCCGCAUUCCAUCACCCCGCCCCAUUCUUCCGCUUCCCAUCAUCCCGCCCCAUUCCCCCGCUUUCCAUCACCCCUCCCCAUUCUACCUCCUUCCAUCACCCCGCCCCAUUCUCCCUCUUUCCAUCACCCCGCCCCAUUCUCCCUCUUUCCAUCACCCCGCCGCAUUCUCCUGAUUUCCGUCACCUCGCCCCAUUCUACCUCUUUCCAUCACCCCGCCCCAUUCUCCCGAUUUGCGUCAUGCUGCCCCAUUCUCCCUCUUUCCAUCACCCCGCCCCGUUCUCCCUCUUUCCAUCACCCCGACCCAUUCUCCCGCUUUCCAUCACCCCGCCCCAUUCUCCCUCUUUCCAUCACCCCGCCCCAUUCUCCCGCUUUCCAUCACCCCGCCCCAUUCUCCCUCUUUCCAUCACCCCGCCCCCCCACCCCAUUCUCCCGCUUUCCAUCACCCCUCCCCUUUCUCCCGCUUUCCAUCUCCCUGCCCCAUUCUCCCGCUUUCCAUCACCCCGCCCCAUUCUCCCGCUUUCCAUCACCCCGCCCCAUUCUUCCGCUUCCCAUCAUCUCGCCCCAUUCCCCCGCUUUCCAUCACCCCUCCCCAUUCUCCCUCCUUCAAUCACCCCGCCCCAUUCUCUCGCUUUCCAUCACCCCGCCCCAUUCUCCCGCUUUCCAUCACGCCGCCCCAUUCUCCCGCUUUCCAUCACCCCGCCACAUAUUCCUACUUUCCAUCACCCCGCCCCCUUCUCUCUCCUUCCAUCACCCUGCCCCAUUCUCCCUCCUUCCAUCACCCCGCCCCAUUCUCCCGCUUUCCAUCAGCCCGCCCCAUUCUCCCGCUUUCCAUCAUCCUGCCCCUUUCUCCCGCUUUCCAUCUCCCCGCCCCAUUCUCCCGCUUUCCAUCACCCCGCCCCAUUCUCCCGCUUUCCAUCACCCCGCCCCAUUCUUCCGCUUUCCAUCAUCCCGCCCCAUUCCACCGCUUUCCAUCACCCCUCCCCAUUCUCCCUCCUUCCAUCACCCCGCCCCAUUCUUCCGCUUUCCAUCACCCUGCCCCAUUCUCCCGCUUUCCAUCACCCCGCCCCAUUCUCCCGCUUUCCAUCACCCCGCCCCAUUCUCCCUCCUUCCAUCACCCCGCCCCAUUCUCCCGCUUUCCAUCACCCCGCCCCAUUCUCCCUCCUUCCAUCACCCCGCCCCAUUCUCCCUCAUUCCAUCACCCCGCCCCAUUCUCCCGCUUUCCAUCACCUUGCCCCAUUCUCCCGCUUCCCAUAACCCCACCCCAUUCUCCCGCUUUCCAUCACCCCGCCACAUUUUCCCACUUUCCAUCACCCCGCCCCCUUCUCUCUCCUUCCAUCACCCCGCCCCAUUCUCCCUCCUUCCAUCACCCUGCCCCAUUCUCCCUCCUUCCAUCACCCCGCCCCAUUCUCCCGCUUUCCAUCACCCCACCACAUUCUCCCGCUUUCUAUCACCCCGCCCCAUUCUCCCUCCUUCUAUCACCCCGCCCCAUUCUCCCGCUUUCCACCACCCCGCCCCAUUCUCCCGAUUUCCAUCACCCCGCCCCAUUCUCCCGCUUUCCAUCAUCCCGCCCCAUUCUCCCUCCUUCCAUCACCCCGCCCCAUUCUCCCGCUUUCCAUCACUCCGCCCCAUUCUCCCUCCUUCCAUCACCCCGCCCCAUUCUCCCUCCUUCCAUCACCCCGCCCCAUUCUCCCGCUUUCCAUCACCCCACCCCAAUCUCCUGCUUCCCAUAACCCCACCCCAUUCUCCCGCUUUCCAUCUCCCCGCCCCAUUCUCCCGCUUUCCAUCACCCCGCCCCAUUCUCCCGCUUUCCAUCACCCCUCCCCAUUCUCCCUCCUUCCAUCACCCUGCCCCAUUCUCUCGCUUUCCAUCACCCCGCCCCAUUCUCCUGCUUUCCAUCACGCCGCCCCAUUCUCCCGCUUUCCAUCACCCCGCCCCAUUCUCCCUCCUUCCAUCACCCCGCCCCAUUCUCCCGCUUUCCAUCACCCCGCCCCAUUCUCCUUUCUUCCAUCACCCCGCCCCAUUCUCCCUCAUUCCAUUACCCCGCCCCAUUCUCCCACUUUCCAUCACCCCGCCCCAUUCUUCCGCUUCCCAUAACCCCACCCCAUUCUCCCGCUUUCCAUCUCCCCGCCACAUUUUCCCACCUUCCACACCCCGCCCCCUUCUCUCUCCUUCCAUCACCCCGCCCCAUUCUCCUUCCUUCCAUCACCCCGCCCCAUUCUCCCGCUUUCCAUCAGCCCGCCCCAUUCACCCGCUUUCCAUCACCCCGCUUCUUUCUCCCGCUUUCCAUCUCCCCGCCCCAUUCUCCCGCUUUCCAUCACCCUGCCCCAUUCUCCCGCUUUCCAUCACCCCGCCCCAUUUUCCCACUUUCCACCACCGCGCCCCAUUCUCCCGAUUUCCAUCUCCCCGCCCCAUUCUCCCUCUUUCCAUCACCCCGCCCCCCCCAUUCUUCCGCUUUCCAUCACCCCGUCCCAUUCUCCCACUUUCCAUCACCCCGCCCCAUUCUUCGGCUUUCCAUCACCCCGACCCAUUCUCCCACUUUCCAUCACCCCGCCCCAUUCUCCCUCCUUCCAUCACCCCGCCUAAUUCUCUCUCCUUCCAUCACCCCGCCCCAUUCUCCCGCUUUCCAUCACCCCGCCCCAUUCUCCCGCUUUCCAUCACCCAGCCCCAUUCUCCCGCUUUCCAUCACCCCGCCCCAUUUUCCCGCUUUCCAUCACCCCGCCCCAUUCUCCCGCUUUCCAUCACCCUGCCCCAAUCUCCCACUUUCCAUCACCCCGCCCCAUUCUCCCUCCUUCCAUCACCCCGCCCCAUUCCCCCGCUUUCCAUCACCCCGCCCCAUUCUCCUGCUUUCCAUCACCCAGCCCCAUUCUCCCGCUUUCCAUCACCCCGCCCCAUUCUCCCGCUUUCCAUCACCCCACCCCAUUCUCCCUUCUUCCAUCACCCCGCCCCAUUCUCCCUCCUUCCAUCACCCCGCCCCAUUCUCCCGCUUUCCAUCACCCCGCCCCAUUCUCACUCCUUCCAUCACCCCGCCCCAUUCUCCCUCCUUCCAUCACCCCGCCCCAUUCUCUCGCUUUCCAUCACCCCGCCCCAUUCUCCCGCUUCCCAUAACCCCAUCCCAUUCUCCCGCUUUCCAUCACCCCGCCACAUUCUCCCGCUUUCUAUCACCCCGCCCCAUUCUCCCUCCUUCCAUCAUCCCGCCCCAUUCUCCCGCUUUCCAUCACCCCGCCCCAUUCUCCCGAUUUCCAUCACCCCGCCCCAUUCUCCCGCUUUCCAUCACCCCGCCCCAUUCUCCCGCUUUCCAUCAUCCCGCCCCAUUCUCCCUCCUUCCAUCACCCCGCCCCAUUCUUCUGCUUCCCAUCAUCCCGCCCCAUUCCCCCGCUUUCCAUCACCCCGCCCCAUUCUCUCGCUUUCCAUCACCCCGCCCCAUUCUCCCGCUUUCCAUCACCCCGCCCCAUUCUCCCGCUUUCCAUCACUCCGCCCCAUUAUCCCUCCUUCCAUCACCCCGCCCCAUUCUCCCUCCUAUCACCCCGCCCCAUUCUCCCGCUUUCCAUCACCCCGCCUCAUUCUCCUGCUUCCCAUAACCUCACCCCAUUCUCCAGCUUUCCAUCACCCCGCCACAUUCUCCCACUUUCCAUCACCCCGCCCCCUUCUCUCUCCUUCCAUCACCCCGCUCCAUUCUCCCUCCUUCCAUCACCCCGCCCCAUUCUCCCGCCUUCCAACAGCCCGCCCCAUUCUCCCGCUUUCCAUCACCCCGCCCCGCUUUCCAUCACCCCUCCCCUAUCUCCCGCUUUCCAUCACCCCGCCCCAUUCUCCCGCUUUCCAUCACCCCGCCCCAUUCUUCCGCGUCCCAUCAUCUCGCCCCAUUCCCCCGCUUUCCAUCACCCCUCCCCAUUCUCCCUCCUUCCACCACCCCACCCCAUUCUCUCGCUUUCCAUCACCCUGCCCCAUUCUCCCGCUUUCCAUCACCCCGCCCCAUUCUCCCGCUUUCCAUCACCCCGCCCCAUUCUCCCUCCUUCCAUCACCCCGCCCCAUUCUCCCGCUUUCCAUCACCCCGCCCCAUUCUCCCUCCUUCCAUCACCCCGCCCCAUUCUCCCUCAUUCCAUCACCCCGCCCCAUUCUCCCGCUUUCCAUCACCUUGCCCCAUUCUCCCGCUUCCCAUAACCCCACCCCAUUGUCCCGCUUUCCAUCACCCCGCCACAUUUUCCCACUUUCCAUCACCCCGCCCCCUUCUCUCUCCUUCCAUCACCCCGCCCCAUUCUCCCUCCUUCCAUCACCCUGCCCCAUUCUCCCUCCUUCCAUCACCCCGCCCCAUUCUCCCGCUUUCCAUCACCCCACCACAUUCUCCCGCUUUCUAUCACCCCGCCCCAUUCUCCCUCCUUCUAUCACCCCGCCCCAUUCUCCCGCUUUCCACCACCCCGCCCCAUUCUCCCGAUUUCCAUCACCCCGCCCCAUUCUCCCGCUUUCCAUCAUCCCGCCCCAUUCUCCCUCCUUCCAUCACCCCGCCCCAUUCUCCCGCCUUCCAUCACUCCGCCCCAUUCUCCCUCCUUCCAUCACCCCGCCCCAUUCUCCCUCCUUCCAUCACCCCGCCCCAUUCUCCCGCUUUCCAUCACCCCACCCCAAUCUCCUGCUUCCCAUAACCCCACCCCAUUCUCCCGCUUUCCAUCUCCCCGCCCCAUUCUCCCGCUUUCCAUCACCCCGCCCCAUUCUCCCACUUUCCAUCACCCCUCCCCAUUCUCCCUCCUUCCAUCACCCUGCCCCAUUCUCUCGCUUUCCAUCACCCCGCCCCAUUCUCCUGCUUUCCAUCACGCCGCCCCAUUCUCCCGCUUUCCAUCACCCCGCCCCAUUCUCCCUCCUUCCAUCACCCCGCCCCAUUCUCCCGCUUUCCAUCACCCCGCCCCAUUCUCCUUUCUUCCAUCACCCCGCCCCAUUCUCCCUCAUUCCAUUACCCCGCCCCAUUCUCCCACUUUCCAUCACCCCGCCCCAUUCUCCCGCUUCCCAUAACCCCACCCCAUUCUCCCGCUUUCCAUCUCCCCGCCACAUUUUCCCACCUUCCAUCACCCCGCCCCCUUCUCUCUCCUUCCAUCACCCCGCCCCAUUCUCCUUCCUUCCAUCACCCCGCCCCAUUCUCCCGCUUUCCAUCAGCCCGCCCCAUUCUCCCGCUUUCCAUCACCCCGCUUCUUUCUCCCGCUUUCCAUCUCCCCGCCCCAUUCUCCCGCUUUCCAUCACCCUGCCCCAUUCUCCCGCUUUCCAUCACCCCGCCCCAUUUUCCCACUUUCCACCACCGCGCCCCAUUCUCCCGAUUUCCAUCUCCCCGCCCCAUUCUCCCUCUUUCCAUCACCCCGCCCCGUUCUCCCGCUUUCCAUCACCCCGCCCCAUUCUCCCGCUUUCCAUCACCCCACCCCAUUCUCCCGCUUUCCAUCACCCCGCCCCAUUUUCCCACUUUCCACCACCCCGCCCCAUUCUCCCGAUUUCCAUCACCCCGCCCCAUUCUCCCGCUUUCCAUCACCCAGCCCCAUUCUUCCGCUUUCCAUCACCCCGUCCCAUUCUCCCACUUUCCAUCACCCCGCCCCAUUCUUCGGCUUUCCAUCACCCCGACCCAUUCUCCCACUUUCCAUCACCCCGCCCCAUUCUCCGUCCUUCCAUCACCCCGCCUCAUUCUCCCUCCUUCCAUCACCCCGCCCCAUUCUCCCGCUUUCCAUCACCCCGCCCCAUUCUCCCGCUUUCCAUCACCCAGCCCCAUUCUCCCGCUUUCCAUCACCCCGCCCCAUUUUCCCGCUUUCCAUCACCCCGCCCCAUUCUCCCGCUUUCCAUCACCCUGCCCCAAUCUCCCGCUUUCCAUCACCCCGCCCCAUUCUCCCUCCUUCCAUCACCCCGCCCCAUUCCCCCGCUUUCCAUCACCCCGCCCCAUUCUCCUGCUUUCUAUCACCCAGCCCCAUUCUCCCGCUUUCCAUCACCCCGCCCCAUUCUCCCGCUUUCCAUCACCCCACCCCAUUCUCCCUCCUUCCAUCACCCCGCCCCAUUCUCCCUCCUUCCAUCACCCCGCCCCAUUCUCCCGCUUUCCAUCACCCCGCCCCAUUCUCACUCCUUCCAUCACCCCGCCCUAUUCUCCCUCCUUCCAUCACCCCGCCCCAUUCUCCCGCUUUCCAUCACCCCGCCCCAUUCUCCCGCUUCCCAUAACCCCAUCCCAUUCUCCCGCUUUCCAUCACCCCGCCACAUUCUCCCGCUUUCUAUCACCCCGCCCCAUUCUCCCUCCUUCCAUCAUCCCGCCCCAUUCUCCCGCUUUCCAUCACCCCGCCCCAUUCUCCCGAUUUCCAUCACCCCGCCCCAUUCUCCCGCUUUCCAUCACCCCGCCCCAUUCUCCCGCUUUCCAUCAUCCCGCCCCAUUCUCCCUCCUUCCAUCACCCCGCCCCAUUCUUCUGCUUCCCAUCAUCCCGCCCCAUUCCCCCGCUUUCCAUCACCCCGCCCCAUUCUCUCGCUUUCCAUCACCCCGCCCCAUUCUCCCGCUUUCCAUCACCUUGCCCCAUUCUCCCGCUUUCCAUCACUCCGCCCCAUUAUCCCUCCUUCCAUCACCCCGCCCCAUUCUCCCUCCUAUCACCCCGCCCCAUUCUCCCGCUUCCAUCACCCCGCCUCAUUCUCCUGCUUCCCAUAA